CCCUCGCGCAGGUAUAGACAUACAACAACAAAUAAUGUGAGAAGCGCAGACAGAGCGGAGAGGAGCACAGGAGCACAACUACUGAGAAGAGAGAUCAAGGAACUGUUUAUAAUUGCGCAGAUACAAAUACUUCACGCGUUUGUGCUAUUUACAACGUUCAUCCACCAGCUUCGUUGGACUUUUCCAAACCUUUUUGGUCUUCCUGCGCAUUCUGCUGAUCUAUAACUGACUGGACUGAAAUCAAGAGAUGGUGUACUACAGGGACAGUCAGUCCGAGCGGCCGCCGUUGUCUCGUAUUCUGCCGCAUCUCUACCUUGGUGCAGAGACUGACGUAACCCAGGAUGGUUUGUCUGACCGAGGCAUCUCGUACGUACUAAGUGUGAGCCGAUGUUGCCCACAGCCUUCAUUUCUACCCCAGUCCCAGUACCUCCGUAUCCCAAUAGACGACUCUCUGCGGGAUGACCUGCUUCCUUGGAUCCCUCAGGCGUUGCACUUCAUUGACGGGGCCAUGUCACUUGGCUGCUCUGUCUUGGUUCACUGUGCUGCAGGAAUCUCUCGAUCUCCAGCACUUGCUGUGGCAUACGUCAUGUAUAGCCUGAAAAUGGAUCUGGAUCAUGCAUACAGGUUUGUGAAAGAACGCAGACCUACAAUUUCACCGAAUUUUAACUUCCUGGGGCAGCUGCAGCUCUUCCAGGGAACGCUUUCUUUGAAGAAUAAUAACACAAACCUUCACGCUCAGCAGUCAGAUAAACCUUUGGAUAACUGCCUGCAGCCCACCAAUGAAAAAAACAACAGCAGUUCUACAGUGGCACUGUUAACCAACUUAAACCGUCAGAACAGAAUUGACAACAACUGCAUUAUUGAUGUAUGUACUGAGGAUUCCAAAGCAAACGUGCACUGUGAGAACAAGAACAACCAAAUGAUAAAUCCAGAGUUUACCUUAUCUCUUUCAGACAAGAUCGGAGCGCUCACUCUCCGCACAAAUCCCGAAGAGAUACAAAGACCAGUAAACAUCACAUCUCAGACACCGCAGGAUUCACCAAAGUCCAACCUACCUAAGCCUACUUACCUUCAGAUUCCAUCUCUAGCGGAGAAACGCAAAAGCCUUACUCUUUCCCUUACGCCAGUGGGUGCAGUUCCUCAGACUCACCAGCAGGGGUCAUCAGCCAACAGCUGUGAUCUGAGGAAGAGCCGUUCCGCAGUUGACCAGACGGGGGCGUUAGAGGACUUGGGAAGAGCCGAUAUGGAGCCGUCAGCAUCAGAAACCAGAACAGAUCCAAAAGAGGCAAACAGGUUUAUCAACGAGGAGGCGUCAGCUAGAUACAGCUGCUCAAGAUCACAAAGAAGAAAGAAUAAACUAAACCACAGAGCAAACGAUGAGCAACAAAAGACAAACCAAGUGAACCAUUCAAGCACACAAUCGCACAGGCAGAUCCAGGGACCAUGUGAGAUCAAAACCUCCUCACAGGAGGUUACCAGUGGUGUAGAAGCAGUGGAGGGUAUGGAUGGAGACAACAGCCCCUUGUCUCCAGUCAGUCUAACGGUUAACAAAAUACUAGACUGGGGAGAACGCAUGCUGCUUGGGGUCCUACUCGGCCCACGUAUUAAAGUGGGACAGGCUGCUUUGCCGUACAGAUGUUGAGGAGGGACUGUUUCAGUCUGGUUGUAUGAACUGUGCUA